GUAUACGGUUUAUGUGAUGUGCACUCUUUUGAAGAUGGUCAGCCUGACAUGACAUGUACACAGUCGUAUUGUGUGCAUUUCCUCAACCAAGUUAUUAUUAAUUUUUAUGGCCACACAUCGCGUACCGGUAGACUAGUAGUAGUAUCUGAAGCUGAGCGUCAGUGCAGUGCAGUCGGCCUUCGCCAGGAUUUGCACCGUGCCGCCACGUCUUGCGCAGAACCCUUCCCGGUCCCGGAGUUAUCCAUCGGCCGGAGCGCUGCUGAGCCUGCUAAGUAACUAGUACUAGCACAUCGCAGAACUGUCGCCUCCUUGUCCUAGCUGAGCACUGUAUUCUGAAUACCAACAACCAGAUAAGAAUUUGAAGGCAGUGCCUCGAUAACUCCGGGAGAAAUGGGGGCAGACUACUCUCAACUCGAGUAUGAAACAGGACCAGUUUCGCCAUCGCGCACAUCCACGUCCAGCGAUGACUCCCGCUUCGAAGUGUCUGGCACCAUGCAAGACUGGAUGGUUGUCACGUCCAAGAACACCCUGGACGUUGAGGAUCGUGUGCUGCACUUCAACCCGGCAACGAGUCGUGCAGUUUGCGCAGGUGUGGGUUACUCGCUGAACAAGGUGAUGAAGAGGUCGGACCUGGGGGAGUCGGCCGAGAAAGAUCCAGUGCGUCUGUACUCAAUAUUGCGUGAUCCUCUCGGCUUGCCGGCUAAUCAUGUGGAGUACUUGACGUCGAAAUCGUCGGAAUACCCAGCCACCAUGUCUAACUUGGUUGACUACAUCUCCGACGCUGCUGAAAAGGUCGGCGAAGACGGUCUGCUACUGGUGUCCUUCUCCGGUCACGGACAGGUACGCGAGAACCCGGACGGCUCUAAAAGCGGCUUGCUGGUCACGGCCGACAACUACGGCUCAACCACCGCCAGUGUCCUCACUGCCCGCCAUAUCGAGUUGUCACUGAAGAAGUGCAAGGCAAGACACAUUGUGAUAUUUCUAGACUGCUGUCAUGCCGGACUGUUGGCUGCCUCACUCGCCGAGGACGCCGUACAGUCCACGUCACAAUCAGAGCUCUAUGUACUGGCCGCCUGCUCCACGUCCGAAGUAUCACUCUGCCACUCCGAGCUGGGUAGUGGCUUCUUCACGUUCUUCACAUCCGAUUACCUACGUCGGCAUGGCAAACCCGGGCAGUUGCCGAUCGGUGCGGCCAUGAAGCAUUGUCAGUCGUUGUGCCCAGCCAUGGCCGAGCUGUGUGUGCACUCGCAGAGGGAGAAGGCAUCCAAGACACCCGGCACAAAGUAUAUCAUGCAUCCGUUGCUACGGACUAAGCUCCCCAUUCCCAGUAGCCAGGAUGCUGUAGAGGAGAUGGACCUGGACGUGCCAGAUGCUGCACCUCGAUACCUCUCUAAUGAUGAGCUGUCCACGAAGUUCCUGGGUCAGUUUGUGUCGAGCAGUGAGGGUGGUGACGUUGGUAAGAAGGUGUUUGACCGUGUUCCAGAAGCAGUGCCCACCUGGCUGAUUGAGACCGCGAUGCCUUGCAUACAGCUAUUGUACCGUAACGGAUACCUAUCGCCUGGGCAUGAGGAGUACCGGGAGGUGAUGCGCUGUGUGGUCUGUCUACUCUCACGCAGUGUGGCCACCAUCUACGUAGACUAUGGCGAAGGAGAGCUCAGCGACCCAGACAUGUUCCUGGCAUUCUUCACCUACAUCUACCACUCGUUUGUACAGGCCGUAGAAGACGAGUUGCCCAACAAGGAUCUUCUGGACGAGGAGCGGCCCAAGAUUCUCAAUCGUGUGUGUGUGUGUGU